CAUGUGUUUGACUUUUCCUCUUUUCUUUCUAUCCAAUUUACUUUACUUCAAAUAAAUUCAGUCUCAAUUUGUGAUUAGUUCGAAUAUUUUUGUAUUAAAAUCAUUCUAAUGAUUGCAAAAUAUUUUAACAUUUAAACAUCGCUGGUCUUAAGGAAUGUGAUGUAAACGUAUUCCAAGUUUUCGGUGGACUAGAUAUCACCAUGUGAAUCAAGUAUUGGAAUCACACUCUAAUUUUAAUUUAAUAUUUUCCCAAUUUAGGUACCUGUUUAAAUACGGUCUUAAUUUGAUAUUUUCUCUAUAAAUUGACUUGAACAAUGGAUAAAAGGUGGUCUACAGCAGACAUCUUCAAAGUUUUAGAUCAUUUGGAAAAGUACCCAAUUCUGUGGGACACCUGCCACGCUGAUCGCAAAGAUCGAUUCUUGAGGGAAGAAGCGCUGAGAGACCUCAUAGGUGACCUUGAAAAUGAAGAUGGAUUUCCUGCAAUUGAUUCUGUCAAUACUCUGAAAGUGAAACUCAAAAGCAUCAAGGAUACGUACAGUUCAGAAAUGAAAAAAGUUCUCUCCUUUCCUGUUAAAGAGGGCAGAGAUUACACUCCCAAGUUGAUUUGGUUUCACAGAGCAGAUUCAUUUUGGAGAGAUUCCAUCACACGGAAGCAGUGUCUUUCAAGGUUAUCGCUGAAGAAAAAAUCCGAGCAGUGUGUUACAAUGGAAAACAGUUACGAUGAUUGCGAAUUUCUAGAAAACCCAUUCAUUGAAAACUAUGAACCUCCUCGGAAAAUAAGGGUUCAAUCAGUCCAGCCUGACACAACACCGGCGGAAAAGUCUUCAGAGGAUGCAUCAAAUGAAUUUGAUGAGUAUGAUUACUUUGGUAAGAUAGUUGCAAUUACGUUGAAAAAAUUAGACCAAGAGGAUGCUUGGAAAGCUGAGGAUGAAAUUAGUCAAAUUCUUAGGAAGUACAAGAGAGGGAAAAGACAGACUUUUACAGAUUUUGCUGAAGUUUCUCCUGAGGAACUGCUCUCAGUUCAGUGUACCUCGGAUAAUUCAUCUUCGUGUGAUAGUCAUUCUGCUAAUUUAGGAAAUGCCCCUAAGGUGUCAAAUAGGUGUUCAGUAAAUAAAAAUGCUCAGUCCGUCAAGCGACCACAUAUUCGAAUCAUUAAAGCUGUCUCAGCUGAUGUUAGGAAGUUAAAUCAAAGAUUUAAUUUUCUGCCAAAGCAAUAGAAUUCGAAAUUGUAUUAAAAGCCUCAUUAAUAUGAAUAUUAAAACCAGAAACCUUGUUUUCAGGAGCCUGCUUUUCAGUGAGUGUGUUUUACAGUGACAUUUCAUAUCAGGGUGCUUCAAAGAGUAACUUUUGAACGGACUAAAUAUAAAGCUCUGAUUUUGGAGCUGUUUGACAGAAGACCUAAAAAUAUACCAGAACAAAUACAUUAGGUUUCUCAGAGUAAUCUUUGUACAAGCAAAAACUUGAACAGAAAAAACAAACCUGCAAAGUUUCUGCAAAUUCUUUCGAAAAAUAUUAGUAAAAUUAUAAUCUAUUCAUUCAAAAGUUAUUAAAAAAAAACAAUUACUUUUUGAAGCAUCCUCAUCAACUCUUUGUGCAAGUAUUAAAUUUAACCCACAUGACGUAAAAAACAUUAUCCGUCGAGAUGUGGACUACAUUACACAAUAGAACAUGUACUGUAUUAUUUGUGAGUUAUUCUGUUUGACAAAUAAUUAGGUACAUUUUUCAGUCCUUACAUUCGUUUCUACAGCGGAGACUUUUUAAAGUUCAUAUUGAGCACAAGCAGUAUUGGAGACAUAAUUAUUGAACUGCCCCUUUCAGUGGCUCAACUAGCUUUGCAUCAAUUUUGAUCUACCAUUUAAACCUAUGAAAAAGGGUGUGUUUUUUUAUUUAAAGAAAUAACAACGCCUAUGAAACGAGACAACUUUUUUUUAAUCAAUUACAUUUGUAGUAGACAAGAUGACCCACUAAAAGUAUUGAUAUAUUAAUUGUAUGAUUUGCUACAAAGUCAUAGCAACAGGUGUUGGCAAUGAGCACCUCAAUAAUUGAUUCCUUAAUAUCAUUUCAAAGAGAAAAAUAUCGAUAGUAGCCUCUCCAUGGACCCUUUUUUUUAAAACACCGGGACCUAUUGAAGUUUGGUUUCCUAUGUCUGUGAUGGCUUAAAAUAUUUUUAAGAUUCCGGUGUUGGGACACUUCAAAGAAAUGGACAUUUAAUGAGAGUGUAUAAUUUUUUUUUUUUUAAUAUUUCCAAACAUGAUAUUGAGUCAACACAGAAAUAAAUUUUAAAAAUGUUUUGUAAUUAAAUAUGAAUAACAGAAAGUAAUUUGUAAGAACAAGACCAAAAGAUCAGUAAAACAAAAAUUACACAAAAGAAAAUGGUAUAAAAUGAUAACAAAAGAUAACUUAAUGAGUCAUCACUUGAAAAAAUCCCCCGGAUGAAAGAAAAGUUUAGUGGUUGUAUUUUGGAGCAAAAAGGUACAUUAAAAGAGCUCUGCUUUCCGAAAUUUCUAUGCACGUUUCAUUGUCUGCUAAUUUUAAUGGAUUUUGUCUCUACUGGACUGGAGUGAAAAAAUAAAUUUAAAAACUUCA